AAAUCACCAAGUAGCAAAGCAAGCCAAACUUGAGCAUCUAACAUCUUUUUUUGAAAAGCUUCAAAAUUCAAUUUUCCAGACAAAAGAAAUGUCUUUGUUCAGAGGUCUCUUGGGUGCCAGGAAGAUUAUUAACUUUUCUGUAGCGGCUACAAGCAAAAGGACAGUUUCAACUCCAAAAGGGUUUCUUGCAGUGUACGUUGGUGAAGAUAAGGUCCAGAAGAAGAGAUAUGUGGUGCCAGUCUCGUACUUGAGCCAGCCUUCUUUUCAAGCUCUACUCGGUAAAUCCGAGGAAGAGUUUGGAUAUGAUCAUCCAAUGGGUGGCUUAACGAUCCCUUGUCCUGAAGAUACCUUCAUCAAUGUGACUUCCCGGCUUGAGCAAUGAAGAAAAAUAACUGACAUUACUUUUAGCCUGAGUUAGAGAGAGAAUUAUUCAAUGUAUAUAUGCUAACUUUUACAUCUUUCUUUGUGAAAGGGGUUGUUCAAUAGGUUUCAAAAUUUAAAUGUGUAUGUUAUAGUAAUUACAUUAAGUUUUCUGAGAAUAUUGUCAUCGUUCUUGGCUUCUUGCAUACAUGAAAUGUAUCUAUAUUAGUAUGGCUCGGUCACAUGAAAAGAAAAGCUAGAAAUAAGACAGAAC